GUAAUGUUAGAAGCGGCCUCGAAGUUUUGUAAACAAGCUGACAGACGUAACACAGAUGAGUAAAAAGCGGAUGCUGCUGUGUUUGUAAACAAACAUGGACACGCAUGAGUUGUUUAUCUGUUGCAGAAGAGGAGAUUUACAAAAAUUAAAGUAUCUGGUUGAGCAGAAAGAAAUCGAACUGAAUGUCCGAGAUAAAUGGGACAGCACUCCAUUGUACUAUGCUUGCCUGUGUGGACACAAAGAUGUUGUCAAAUACCUGCUUGAGAAUGGUGCACGGUGUGAGGCCAACACAUUUGAUGGGGAGCGGUGCUUGUACGGGGCUCUGAACAACGAAAUCAGGAACCUACUGAAGUCCUUUCACAUGGUGUCCUCUAAGACCUUACGAAGGGACCUCUAUGAGGAGUUCCUACGCAGAUUGCUGGAGAUGGGGAUGCAUGAAGACGUCACAUUUCACGUCCAUGGAGAAAAGAUUCCGGCCCAUCGCUGCAUCCUCAGUGCCCGCUGCUCGUAUUUCGCGGAGUCCUUUCAGACUCGCUGGCAGAACAGGAAGGACAUUGUUAUCAAACAUCAGCUGGUCGCCCCAUGGGCCUUCAGAUCUCUGCUACAGUACAUCUACACAGGUCGACUAGAAACACACAUCGACAACAUUGAGGAUUGUAAGAGACUCGCCCGACAGUGCCAGCUACCAGAACUCAUCAAAGAAAUUGAGGACGCUUACAAAAAACAGAGCUCAUUUGAAAUGCAGAAACCUGGUGUUAACAUCACCAACCUGUUGAUAGAGAAGUCAGAAGAUUCAUUUGACCUUGAGUUUGACCUUGGGAAGCUAGCUGAUCGAGCACUACCUCGAGAGUUAUCCACCUUUGUGCAGGGAGAGCUUCCGUUUGAGCCUGAGUACGCAUCCUUCUACCCAGAUGUCUGCUUCAGUGUGGAAGGACACAAGUUCCUCUGUCACAAGGUAUUUUUCUGUGGAAGAAGCGAUUAUUUCAAGGCCCUGCUAAACGACCACUUUGGGGAGAGCAGACGCCUGGAGAAUAAUCUCCCCUUGGUGACCCUCAAUGACGUGCCCUGUGAUAUCUUUACCCAGAUAAUGUAUUACAUUUACCAGGACUCCUGUCAGCUGUCGGAGAACACGGUCUACGACAUUCUAUGGUACGCCGAUCUCUACAUGUUGCCGGGCCUGAAACGACAGUGUUCCAACUGUAUCGGUAAAUACAUCAACUCCGAUAACGUGCUGCAAGUUCUUAGAUCCGCCCGUCUGUUUAACCAGGCCAGACUCGAGGACCAGUGUUCGGAAUUUAUCGCCAACAACCUAGUUAAUCUGAUUCACAGAGAGGAUUUCCGAGAACUAGUGAUGGAGGACGCGUCAGAGAUCAAAAUGCGCCAGGAGACGGAUUCCAUUGGAAUCAUUGACGAUAUCCGCUUCCACCUCACCAACUUUGUGCAGACGUACAGUGAGAUGGAGGAGGCGAAUGAACGGCUGCGGAUGGUGGAUGAUCUGCUGGAAGAUAUGAACUUAGACGGAUAAACAUAUUUUCUCUUAUCCAAUUGACUAAAGAUGCAGUGGUCAAUCCAAACUUUUAAGUUUAUAUGCUGUAGAUUCCUUAUCUUAUGCGAGUAUUUAAUUCCGCGAUUCAACCAUUUUGGGUUAAUCUCAAGAAUACAAAGUCACGAAAACCAAAUUAUAUUAUAGCUUACUUUGAUUUACAACUGUCUGACAAAUAAAAGUGAGAUUAUGAAAUCAGCGAGAUUAGCUUCAUGCAAUUUUUCAUGGAUAUUUAUUCCUCGCUUUGAAUUAGGAAUGUUCUCAGAUACUUGAAAAUAUGUUUUUUAUGACCAUUAGGUUUGAUAUUUUUUCUAAUUAAAUAUCAAAGAUACUGUGGUAUCAUUUAUAUUUGUGGGGACUAAUUUUUGUGGAUUGGAGUUAAAAAUUUUUUAUAUUUGCUUGAAUAACUGAUGAAUUGUUAUAGAUAAUGUGAUUUUAUGAAUUAUAGGUAUAUAUAUA